UCUUUUAGAAAUUGUCGCAACUUGGAAAUGAAUUUCUGACGAAGCUCGGGAAACGUGUCGAGCAUGGGAUUGGACCCGGAUAUGUCUGGCAACCGGAGACUCCACGGACUGCAUGACUGCAUUCCUAUGAUUGAACUAUCUUUACCGAAUAGUUUCCACAUUCGACUCGCCGGUGCGCCAAUGUCGGCUUGCUCGACAUGUUUUACUGACUCACGCCUCGGCAUAGCUUCAGGCACCAGGAGUUGAACUCGCAAUUGAAAAUUGAGAGUUAAACUCCGCGGAACGGGUCUCGAUGGCUUAGGUAUAAAUAUACAGGGCGAUGAGAAGAUGACGUUUUGUUUCGUUGUUGAAGUAAAUCCUAGGCAUCCACUUUUGCUUUUGACCAAACCGAUUUUCGUCAGCCGAUUCGUCCUUCAUUCCUUUCUCAGCACUCAUAUAGAGACCCUGCAGUGACUUUCGCCGGUGUAGUUUCUACCCACUGACUACAUCUACUUAACUCACCAUAUCAAUUUUUCAAACCACAAACUCCUUCUUCACGACUUCGAGCGAGUUGUUCCCCUCCUCCUUAACCAUCUGAGCCCGAAAUGGCGAACGAUCAGUUCGUCCUGUCACCUGCGACAGUCGACGAUGUGCCAGGAAUGGCAGACGUCUACAUGACAGCUUUCGCCUCAGAUGCAUUCUCAUCAUUCGCAUUCCCAAGGGAAAAGAUCGGUAAAGAGGAGACGAAGAGGUGGUUGACGAUGCGCUUUACAAAAUUGAUUGUAGAGAGACGAGAGAUGCACACCUUUAAAAUCCUCGAUACCUCCACCAACAAGAUAUGUGCAUUUCUGCGCUGGAGCUUUCCACACACCCUCACCGAGGAAGAGAAAACCACCCGCUCCAUCGAGGAAAAGAAGCGGAUGCAAGAAAAGGAGAAGACUGGUAUUGACCCAAUGUGGCCACUCGGUGCUAACCUAGAAGCUUGUGAAGCUUUCUUCGGUGGAUUGAAUGAGAAAAAGGGACUGUACGUGAAUGAUACGGAUAUGUAUGUUGCCCACCUCCUAGCCACAGACCCCUCCUACCAACGCAAAGGUCUGGCUUCGAGACUUCUGAACCACGUUCUGGCCAUCGCAGACCAGGAGAAGCGGAAGUGCUACAUCGAAGCCACGAGAGCAGGUUACCCCGUAUACUUCAAGUUGGGUUUCCGAGAAGUUGAUGUAUUAGAGGUAGAUAUGAUCCCAUGCGGAGGUGAUUUUGCAGCGUAUAAUACGUUAAUGAUUAGAGAGCCACAGCCUGUUUCUUAG